AUGGAGCGUGAAGGAUGGUCUUCGUAUACGCUGGACGAUAAGGGCAUCAGCAUUCGGAAUCGCGUGAGGCUGUCGCAAGCGCCAGAGUCGUCGUCGGAGUCGUCGCUCGCCAGCUUCAUCAGCAACCUCGCGCGACCAUCCAGUUCGUACCGCACGCAGUUCCUGCCUUCGCCGCAGCAGCGCAAGAAACAGCAACCGCUGUCGCAGCAACAAGCAAACGGCCAGAAUCAGAAUGACCAGGCUCAAACCGAGCAGCCAGCUGAACAAGAGCAGAGCACCGACGGCGACGAGCAGCAGCAGUCUCAUGCAGACCAGGAGCCGAAGCAGUCUCCGUUACCGCUUCCCCUCUCCCUUCCUCGCUUCUUUAACUGCCCGCAGCGGUCGUUAUCGCUCGACCCUCGCAUUCUUCGCAAGCUCCUAUUCGAGCGACACGCAGAACCGUCGCAAGACGACUCGACGGAAGGCGACGAAUCGAGCUUCGCCGGCAAACAACCAGAGCUCCUGGAGGAUAUGAAGCACCCGCCGGAGCCGCCGUCAAUUACGGGCGAAAAAAUCUGUAGCUCGGAAAAGAAGCCCUCCCUGCACCGCCGAUCCUCGCUCCCGUUCGUCAUGGAGCUUCGGGAAGAUACCGAAGCAGAUGACGACGGCGAAGCGAAGGCGAUCCGCGAGGAGGGGCAGACGCGCGUUCUCCCGAUGGACAUGGAGAUGUCGCCGCGCACGCGGUGGGAGGAGCUGAGCGAGCAGCAGCUGCUGCAGGAGCUGCAGCGCCGCGAGGAGGACGCCGCGCGCCUCAGGCGCAUGCGCGAGCAGCAGGAGAGGGCCGGCGCGCGGGACUCGUCGCGGGAGAGGCGGCGGGACGUGUCCCCUCAACGGGUCAGUCAUCCCCUCGUACACCGUCGUGCCUCUCGUGACCAUCAAUUUUGUGCCGAGUUCCUUCCCCGCGACACCCUCACGUGGGUGCUGCUGGCGGGCGGCGCAAUCGCCGCGGCGGCGUCCGCGGUGGGCAGCAAGCGGCGCAAGGCGCACCUCACGGAGUCCUGCGUCGGCUCCACCGGACCGUCGGAUAGCUUCGGCAUGUCAGGCUCGGGGCAGCUGUCAGGCUCGGGACAGAUGUCAGGUUCGGGAAGCGCGGAUGAGAUUCGGAGGCUGAGAAGACGCGACGGACGGACGGAAAGGAGCCGCGACGGAGAGUCGUCUCGGGUCGGCGGGGACGGCGCCUUGAGCGGUCACCGCGGCAGCAGCGUCACGGGGGAUGGCGGGGGGCGCAGCAGCAGGCGCAGCAGCAGCCGCCACAGCCACCACCUCGACCGCGCAUACGACCACAGGCACGCGCACUCGCGCGGGCACGAGGGGCACGGGGGGGGGCCCCGCGCGCGAGGGGCUGAUUGCGCGCCAGAGGACAGCGGGGAGUCUCGCGAGGCUUAUCUGGGGGAGCAGUACUCCGGGCAGGGGGGGUACCUAGGGGAAAGGCUUGCGCCCGCGGAGCGGGGGAGCUACAGCGAGAGGCGGAGACGAGGCGGAAGCAGCAGCAGGGCUUACAAAGAGGGCAGUGCGACGAGUGCCGCUGCUUACACCGCUGAUGGCUACUCUCCUUCUUUCUCCGCCGCCGCUGCUGCUGGUGCUGGUGGAGCAAGCAGCAGGGCGCGGACUUAUUCCCUCUCCUCGGGUCAAGACGCGGCCGCCGCCACCGCCGCUGCCAUGGCAGCCGGCACAGCCGCCGCUGCUGCAGGCGCGCUCGCCGCCCCCUCCCUUCCCCCUUUCGCUCCCCCUCACCACAUCCUCGUGGCGCAAGGCGCAGCAACGGGAGGGGUUCCCCCUGUGGGCCUGGGUCUGCUGGGGAAGGACGCGCCGGAGUUCUGGGCUGCGCUUCCUUCCGACGCGCUUGCAGCGACGUCCGCCGUGGCAGCUGCGGCGGCUAAGGGGAAAGCGCCCCUGUUUACGCCUGAGAGCUCCGCUCCUGGCGCGGGUGCGGGCCCGUCCUCCUCGCUUCAGCUGCGCACCCCCUCACAGACUGGUGAGCGCGCGGCGCCGCACGCGCCCUUUUCUUCCCCUUCUCCUGGCGUGUUCCGCUUCACCGGCGCCAGCCCCAGCGGCGGCGGCGGAACUGAUGGCACAGGCGCGGGGAGCAGCGGAACGCCGCUGGGUCUUCUGGGGAGCGGCGUGGGGACUUUCUCCGGGCUGGGGGCGUCCGCGCAUACGUCCAGCCCCUCUUCCGCCGCGGGGCUCCCCUCCCGCCGCGAGGAAGUGCUGCGGCUGCGCGCGCAGCUGCGCAGGCGCGACGAGAUGAUCCUAGACAUGCAAACGCAGCUGCUGCGCCAGGAGGAGGGGGUUGCGCAGCAGAUGGACGGGCUGGCGGAGCUUGAGCGCGCGCUGGAGGAGCAGCGCGCGGAGAAGGCGCGUGUGGAAGCGAGGGCGGCGGAGGCGGAGAGAGAGGCGGAAGCCCGGGCGGAACAGUGCCAGGCAUUGUUGCGGAAGCUGAAGGAGCUGGAAAGGGGCAAGGGGGGAAGAAGCGGAAGCGGGGACACCUCUGGGGGUGGAAAUGCUAACGCGGAAGGAGAAACAGGCGGAGCCAGUGGGGAGAAAUCUGAAGAGGGGGAGUCCAGGGCGGCGGAAGGCGUGCUGGAGGCGCAGAUUGCGGAGGCUGUGGCGGCGGCGAAGGAGGCGGCAAGGCAGGCGGCGGAAGCCGCAGCAGCGGAGCAGUACCGCGUGGGGAAGGCGGAAGGAUCGCUAGCCGCGCAGCGGGAGCUGGAAAUCGCCGUGCGCCGGGGCAGGCAGCUGGAGGAGCAGCUUUCCAAGGUGGAGGAAUCCGCGGAGAAAUGGGAGCGGCUUGCGCGGGAGGCCAUGGCGGAAAGCGCGCGGAAAGAGGCGGAGGCAGCGGAAGCAGAGGCGCGCGCCGCCCGCGCAGCAGCGGAGGCGGAGCGCCUGGCGGAAGAGUGCGGAGCGCUGGGCGCGCAAUACCAGGCGGUACAGGAGCAGGCGGAGCAGCUGGAGAGUGAAUUGCGGGAAAUGCAGGAGAAGGCGGAGCUUUGGGAAAACAGAGGGCACGAGGCCGUCAAUAUAGUGGAGAUGCUUGAAGCGGAGCUGACUGUAGCGAAGCAGCAGGCGGAGGAGGCGGAGGAGGCGAAGCGGGAGGCGGAAGAGGCGCGGCGAGAGGCGGCGGACGCGAAACUCGAGGCGGCCAUGGCGCGGGAAAAGGUGGCGGAUGCUUCCGCGGCGAUGGCGGAAGAGGCGGAGGCGACGAGCGCGCGGGUGAAGGAGCUGGAGGAGCGAUUGGAGGAGAGCGAGGGGCGAGCGCGGUACUGGGAGGUGGCGGGGAGCGAGGCGGUGGAGCAGGCAGCGGCGGCGGAGCGGAAGGAGGCGGCGGCGGUGGCGGCGGUAGAGCUGGCGGCGCAGAUCUCGUACCAGAAGGGGCGCGACGAGAUGCGCGCGGAGAUGGAGGCGGAGAUGGGCCCGCUGGUGCAGGCGUGGGAGCGGAAAUGCGACGCGCUCAAGAAGCAGUCGGAGCAGGGGCGCGUUGUGCUGCAAGAGAGGAACUCUAUAUUGGAGCAGGCGCAGUCUGCAUUGGACCAGGAGCGAGCAGGCCUGCAGCAGGCUCUGGCAGAGAGGGACGCAAAGCUAGAGGCGUGGGAGAAGAAGGGCGAGGAGUUCAGUGCUGUGGCUGAAGAGCUGGAGGAGUGGAGGGGGAAGGCGGAGGAGGCAGCAGUGGCGGCAGCAGCAGCCGAGGCAGUGCUCUUAGCAGCAUGCGAGCAGGCAGAGGCGGCUAAGGCUUUGGCAGAGGAGCGAGCAGCUGCUGUUACUGCUGCUGCUGCUGCUGCUGCUGCUGCUGCUGAGGCUGCUGAAGCGGCAGCUAGGGCGGCGAUAGCACAGGCAGAGGCAGCAGCCGAGGCGGCUAGAGAGCAGGCAGGGAGAGCGAAGGCCGAAGCGAAGGCUGCUGCUGCUGGGGCGCGAGAGGAGGUGGAGGAGCUGAAGAGGCAGUACAGGCAGCUCGUGGAAAUGCAGGAGGCUGCUUCAGAGGCCGCACAGGCGAUUAUAACGCAACAGGGGCAGCUUAUAGCGGAGCAUGAGGCGCGGAUGGGAGAGCUGAGCGCGGAGCUUGAGAGCAGCCGCUCUGCUGCUGCUGAGAUAGAGAGCAGGCUUGAGGCUGCCGUGAGAGAGAUUGAGGAGAGGCAGAGGGAGCUUGGUGAAGCAGGGGCAGCAGCAGAGGAGAGGGAGCAGCAGAUGAGUUUGCUACAGAAGCAGCUGCGUGCUGUUAUGCAAAGGGAGGAGGGGCUAGAGGAGGGGAUGAGCGCAGCUGCAGCUGCAGUGGCGGAGGCCGAGGCUAGGGCUGCUGCUGCUGCUGAAGCGGUGAAGGCAGCUGAAGCCUUGGCUGCUGAUGCGAGGGCAGAGGCGGAUGCUGCUAAGGAGAGGUGUGUGGUGCUGCAGAAUGAACUGGAAGUGAGUGAGAGGAGCGCGCAGGAGAGUGCGAGGAGAGUGGAGGAGAUGAGAGUGAAGGAGAGAGAGGCGCUAGAGGCGCUGCAGGCUGCAGAAGCGUCUCAAGAGCAAGUGGUGGCUGCUGCUGUGCGUGCUUCUGAAGCAGCUGCCGAGGCAGCAGCAGAGGCUGCAAGGCUGGAGUUGGAGCGAGAGCGGGAGGAGAGGAGGAAGGAGGUGGAAGCAGUGAGGGAGGAAGCUGAGGCGAAUGCUGCCGAGAGAAUCAAAGAGGUUGAGGCUGCAGGGGCUGGUGCAGUUGCGACUGCUGUAGCAGAGGCUAUGGCUGCGCAUGAGGCAGAGGUAGCUGUAGCUGUGGCGGCGGCUGUAGCAGCCGGGGAGGAGCAAGCAGUCGAGGCGUUCAAGAAAGGGAUGGAAGCUGGGAGGAAAGAGGCGAUGGUUGAAGCGGAGAAAGAGAGUGUGAAGCAGAUGGAGGAUGUAAGGGCGUUACUCGAGGAGAAUCGCCAGCUGGACGCUGCCAAAGUGGCAGCCGAGAGGGCUGCUGAGCUGGCAGGCAGUGAGCGUGAUGAGCUGGCGGGGCGUGUGAAGGAGCUGGAGAGCCAGCUGGCAGCGCUGAUUCAGCAGCAGCGGGAGGCAGCGGCAGUGCAGCAGCAGCAGCAGCAAGAAGAGAAAGAGAAGGAUGAGAACCUUAAGUCGUUUGACGGGCUGUCCACUCGCAGUCUCGCUGGCAGCGACGACAGCAGCAGCAGUGAGGGCAGCCUGGAGGAGGAUGCAGUGGAGGGACAGGCAGCAGCAGCAGUGGGUGGCAUGGGCGAUGGGGGGGUUGAGAGGGAGGUGGUGGAGGAGGAGAAGGUGCAGAGCGAGCAGGAAGGGGAGCAACAGGUGAUUGGCGAGGAGGUGCAUGAGAAGGAAGCAGAGGUGUCAGGGCAAGGGGAGGAAGAGAAGGUGGUGCAGCAGGAGGAGAAGCAUGGAGAGGCGGCGCAAGAGGAGGUGGAACCGAAAGAGGGUGGGGACUCCGAGCAGGUGGUUGUGCUGGAGUCGUGUGUCAGUGGUGUCCCACCUGCCGUCCACCCUGAGGCUGGCGUGCAGGAGCAUCAGGAGGAAUCUAAUGCUGCCUUGGAGGACGGUGUUGAGAACCAGGGCGAUGCGGUGAAUGAGGUCAGUGCAGUGAAUCAGGAUGAUGCAGUGAACCAGGACAGUGCUGUUCAAGCAAUGAAAGUGCUGGCAGAAAGAGUGAGGCAUUUAAGUUUGAGGCUGACAGCAAGGAUGGGCCAGCAGCAGAGCCAAGUGAACCGGGCCCGUUCAGAUUCACCAGGGGAGGUGGAACUCAGAAAGGCCGGCGUGGUGGUGGCUAUAACCGAGGGGGUAAUCGAGGUGGCAGACGAGGUGGCAAGAAUUGGUAGCCCUGCAACUCAGGUUUAUUUAUUGGAAGAGAUUUGUGACCCUACUCUGACAGCAUCUCUAAUUCUUAUUUACUUGCCUCAGCAACGAAUUGCCACAAUGGCGUGUCACGCAGCAGAGGCAUUAAGCUUGUCGCUUAGACUACCUGCCAUUUCAACCGCCAAGUCGUGCGGAUUGCACAAGAAAGCUACACCAUAUGCGUCGGUAUCGUCGGCGAUUCCGUCUGUGGUCGCUUCUUCCGCGGCUGUGGAGGCCAAGGAAGUUACCCCGCCGAGCCAAUCGAACGACGGUUCCGUGAAAGUGGCUGCUGCUCCUCCUGCCGCGUGGAAGGCGAGCAUUGACUUCAAGUGGAUUCGAGAGAAUCGGGAGUUAAUGGAGGCUAAUGUGAAGGAACGACAGUCCAAUGCUGACGUGGCUCGUGUCGUGGAGCUCUACGAAGACUUUGUUUCGAAAAAUCUGGAGGUGGAUCGGCUACGCGCGGAGCGGAACCGAGUGGCGAAUGCGAUGAAGGCGAAGCUGGAGGCGGAGGAGAGGGCGAGGCUGGUCAGCGAGGGCAAGCACCUCAAGGACGUGCUCGCGGGCCUCGAGGCCGACCUGGGGGAGGUGGCAUCUGAGCUGCAGCGGGAAGGCCAGCGCCUUCCCAACCUGACCCAUCCUGACGUGCCACGUGGCGGAGAGGAAGUGGCUGUCACUUUGCGGACGGUGGGCGAGAAGCGCGCGUUCGCGUUUCCCCCCAAGGACCACGUGGAGCUCGGCCUCGCGCUCGACCUCUUCGACUUCGACUCCGCUGCCGAGGUGAGCGGCGCCAAGUUCUACUAUUUGCGCAACGAGGCGGCGCUGCUGGAGAUGGCGCUCAUCAACUGGGCGCUCGCGCUGCUCGUCGCGCGCGGCUUCACGCCCGUGUCCACGCCCGACCUCGUGCGCGCGCACGUCGUCGAGCGAUGCGGCUUCCAGCCGCGCGCCGCCAACACGCAGGUGUAUUCAGUGGAGGGGUCGGAUCUGUGCCUGGCCGGCACAGCAGAGAUUCCCGUGGGCGGCAGCUUCAUGGAUAAGAUUCUGAGCGAAUCAGAUCUGCCGCAGCGUGUUGUGGCCUUCUCCCACUGCUUCCGCACAGAGGCUGGCGCUGCCGGCUCUGCCACCAGGGGGUUGUACCGCGUGCACCAGUUCAGCAAGCUGGAGAUGUUUGUGGUGUGCCGCCCGGAGGACAGCGAUGCCUUUCACCAGGAGCUCAUUCAGAUCGAGGAGGACAUGUACACUGCCCUCGGCCUGCACUUUGUCACUUUGGACAUGCCAACAGCGGAUCUAGGUGCUCCUGCAUACCGCAAGUUUGACAUAGAGGCCUGGAUGCCAGGCCUGAAUCGAUACGGAGAGAUUUCUAGUGCGUCAAACUGCACUGACUAUCAAGCUCGUCGGCUGAACAUCAGAUAUCGCCCUGCAACGAGCUCUGGUGACCAGGAAGCAAGCCCUACCAAGCCAGAGAAAGGGAAGAAAGGUGGCAAAGCCAAGGCGCCUUUGGCCCCACCACGAUUUGCCCAUACAUUGAAUGCUACAGCCUGUGCGGUUCCUCGCCUGAUCGUGAGCAUUCUAGAAAAUUACCAACUAGAAGAUGGCUCUGUAGAAAUUCCAGAGGUUUUGAGGCCAUACAUGGGUGGUAUCUCUGUUAUUAGGCGGAAGUAA